ACACGCAGUGCAGAGCAGAGACGACUACGACGAGCCUCCUUAGCACGCCGCAGACGUGCGUUGCUCCCGUAUUAUACAAUUUUCGUAUUUAUACUGUACACGUGUGUGGACUGGAGCGAGUGACAUUGUAUACAAAGUUGACGUAUCUUUGUGAAGUGCGCAGAGACACGCGUGAAUCGACGCGCGUUAGUCACGUGUGAGCUUUGAGAUCGAGGAGAAUCGGUUAUAAAGCUGAUCGAGCAUCGGCUGCAGGAACGACCAAGUGAUAAGUGCACACUGCUCUACGUACCAUAAGCUCGUAAAACGCAGCGGCGGCGGCAGGUAGUUAAAGGUGCGCUGCACUGCACUACACGCUACACGACGACGAUGAUGAUACCGGCGGUGAUGCGGCGUUCAAUAGGCUUAGCCUGGCUGUGCUGUGUCGUCAUCGGCCAGGCCCGGGCUGGAUGUCCGCUGAAACCCAAGACCGAGCAAACUUCCGCCACGAGGCUGCCCGGCGACGGCGGCUAUCGCAUACUCAUCAGCGGCGAGUACGACAAGUACAUACCCAACGCCGUCUACACCAUCGGUCUACAAGGAUCCGGCGACUUUGAUCAACUGGAGCGAUUCGAGCGAUUCACCCUGUCGGUGGACGCGCAGUCGCCCUCGUCGUUCGAUCGGCCCUAUCCGCGCACCGGCUACUUCCAGAUCUUCCCGGACUCGCUCACCGAGUUCAACGAGGACUGCGUCAACACCGUGUCCGAGUCGUCGGACCGGCCCAAGUCCGAGGUGCAGGUGCUGUGGCGAGCGCCGCCCCGUGGCUCGGGCUGCGUCGUCUUCACGGCGAUGGUGAUGGAGGGCCCGACGCGCUGGUACGCCGGCGACGGCCACCUGCAGCGCGUCUUCUGCGAGAUGAGCCCCCGCGAGACCGAGAGCCUCGACACGCUGCGAUGCUGCGCCUGCGACGAGGCCAAGUACAAGAUGGUCCUCGAGGGUAUCUGGUCGAACGAGACGCACCCCAAAGACUUUCCGCAGAGCGUCUGGCUGACGCGCUUCAGCGACGUAAUCGGCGCCACGCACGAGACGAACUUCUCGUUCUGGGGCCGUGACCACGUGGCCAGCGACGGCUUCCGCCAGCUCGCCGAGUGGGGCUCGGUGGCGGGCCUCGAGGGCGAGUUCCAGGCCAAGCAGCGCUACCUCAAGACCUUCAUCAAGGCGCCCGGCCUCUGGUAUCCGAGCAUGAACAGCAACACGUCGGCCAGUUUCGAGGUCGACCGUCGCCAUCCGCUGCUGUCGAUAGCCUCGUCGAUGGGCCCGUCGCCCGACUGGGUCGUCGGCGUCAGCAAGCUGAAUCUCUGCCAGCGCGACUGCAGCUGGAUCAGGCGCAUGACCAUCGACCUGUAUCCGUGGGACGCCGGCACCGACAGCGGCAUCAGCUACAUGUCGGCCAACGCGGAGACGCGACCGCGCGAGCUCAUGAAGCCCAUCACCACCAUGUAUCCGGAGGAUCCGCGCUCGCCGUUCUACGACCCGAGCGGUAGGCCGAUGCUGCCCGUGGCCAGGCUCUACCUGGACAGGGACGAGUUGAUCAAGAAGAGCUGCUACGAGCAGCAGCAGUCGCACGACGUGACGGACUUCGAUGUGCGUGACAUCGCCGCCGCAUCGGGCAACACGGAGACAGACAGCGGCAGCGGCUUGGGCGAUCGGCGCGAGGACGACUGCGCCAUGACGGAUUACUCCGAGUGGUCGGCAUGCUCGGUCAACUGCGGAAAGGGAGUAAGGACGCGCAAAAGAAGUUACAGAAAUCCGGAGCGCGCCACGCUGAUCGGCUGCAACGAGGAGCUCGUGUCCCAGGAGAUAUGCCUCGGCGCUAACGGAGAAUGCAAGAUUGCACCGACGCUGAGCAAAAAAGAAAACGAAAAGUUCCAACAGCUGGCGGGGUCCUUGGUGGAGGAAUGCGAAACGACCGAUUGGAGCGACUGGUCGGAAUGCAGCGCGACCUGCGGAGUCGCUUUCAGGACGCGCUGGCGAAGACUGCGCCGCGCCGACCAUCAAAAUAAGUGCUUGCGCACUAAACUCACGGAGAAGGAUCGAUGCGUCCUGCCGGCCUGCCCGCAAGACGCCUCCGAGCAGCAGGACGACGUCUGCAAGGUUUCCGACUGGUCCAAAUGGUCCGCGUGCAGCGCUACCUGCGGCAACGGAGUCAAGAGCCGCAGCCGUACUCUGCUGGUCUCGCCGGAGCUCCGGGCCGAUUGCUCGAGGAAGGUGCUGCUGAUACAGCAACGACCCUGUCUCGAUCAAGCCGAUUGUACGUUCGCAGCGGCUGCGGCUAAAGGCAUUUGCUCAGAGAAAAUUCACAAAGGACCCUGCCGAGGUUACUUCGAGAGAUGGGCCUACGACCCGGAAAAGCGCGCCUGUGUGUCCUUCGUCUACGGUGGCUGCCGCGGCAAUAGAAACAAUUUCCGAACUUACGACGACUGCACGAAUUCCUGUGCCGCCGAUUCGUCGAGCGUAGUUCCGACAUUGGAAUCGGCAUCGACGGCGAAUUCCGAUGUUGUCGUGGCGCGUCACGCACCCGAGGAUCGACUGGCCUCGUUGAGAUCGUCGGAUGUGCUGCCGCUGCCUACCAAGCAACGACAACUGACGCCAGUCGACUGCGAAGUUUCCGAGUGGUCUCCCUGGACCGAUUGCAACGUGACUUGCGGCAUGGGUCGCAUGAUCAGUACACGCUACAUCGUGCGACACCCACAAAACGGAGGCAGAUCUUGUCCGUUGCGACUCGAGAGACGCGCCAUAUGCCAACUUGCUCCAUGCAAGUCGUUUGAAGUUUGAAGAUUGCCAUGUAGAAAAAACGAGUUAUGCCAACGUAAAAUCAAAAGCCGAUUAAUUAGACUAAGGUCGAAGAACUUCAGCUCGAGUUCAAUGAAGCAAUAUAAUCUUAAGAAUCAUCGUUUUUAGUUCAGUUUAAACUCGAAAAUUUAAUAUACUAUAUUUAGGAAUAAAUGACUAAUCGAUUGUAUGGGUGAUCCGUGUAAAUGUAUGAGUGUUAAGUACUUACUCACUUGGCUGUAAAACGUAUAGAAAGAUAAGCACUCUUUUUGUAAUAAGUAUCUAUUUAUGAUUAUAUGACAAGUUUAAGAUUUGAAAAAAUUAAAAUGAAAAUGUAUAAGUAUCAGAAUA